UCAACCAUGAAAGGGGAAGUGCAAACGGCCGGUAGUUGAUAAGCUUGUAUCAGCGUGUACAGUGUGCAGACGAAUUCUGCCAAGAGAGCGCGAUGUUUGAUGUAGUACUAAGUUUACAGGUGAUGUGUGUGCUUCUGUCUGCGAUCACGGCGGUAGAAGUGUACACAAAUUCCGGACAUGUGAGGGGCCGUACAUAUUCAACGAAAAAUGGAAAACAGUACGCUGGUUUUCAUGGAAUACGUUAUGCUGCCCCACCGCUUGGUCAGUACAGGUUUAAGGAUCCACAGCUGCCAGAAUCUUGGACCGGAGUGAAAGAUACCAUUGAAGAUGGUGAACAAUGUUUACAGUGGAGUCUCAAAAUAGGAAGUGUCACUGGCAGUGAAGACUGUUUAUUCUUAAAUCUAUUUACUCCUCAGAUUUCAGUCCAGGAACAUGAAUCAAAGUUACCUGUUAUGGUGUGGAUACAUGGAGGAAGUUGGUCAUCAGGAGCAGGAACCUCAAAUUAUUAUGGUCCCGAAUUUCUGAUGGACCGUGGAGUAGUGUUUGUCAGUAUCAAUUAUCGCUUGGGACCAUUUGGUUUCUUCAGCACAGGAGACAGUGCAUCACCCGGAAAUUAUGGGCUAAAAGACCAAGUUGCAGCAUUAAAGUGGAUCCAGCAGAAUAUUGAAUACUUUGGUGGUGACAGUAACAGUGUUACGAUAUUUGGUCAAGGUGCUGGUGGUGCAAGCGUCCACUACCACAUGCUAUCAUCACUGAGUAAAGGUCUCUUUCAUGCUGCUAUUUCUCAGAGUGGCACUGCUUUAUGUCCAUGGGCUUCAUCUCGGGAACCCACACUGUAUGCCAAUAAACUGGGGUCCUUGGUUGGCUGCUCUUGGACGUCAGCUGCUGAACUUGUGCAGUGUCUUAGAAAAAAAGAAGGGAGAAUUAUUAUUGAAGCCGAUAGACAGUUUCUGGAAUGGGGUGCUGAAGAAGGCACAGCUUUUAAACCAGUUGUAGAAAUGGAGUCAAAUAGUGCAUUUCUAUGUGAAGAUCCUCUUGAAACACUGCAAGAAAGAAAUAUAGAGAUCUCUAUACCUUGGAUUGUGGGAAUUACAUCUCAUGAAGGAGGUAACAAAGCUGAAGCUAUUUUUAAAAAUGUGGAUCUCUUGAAUGAUAUCACCAAAGACUUUGGGAAAGUAGCACCACUUUCCUUGCAUUAUGGACAUAGUUCAGUACAUGCAGAAUAUGUUACAGAGAAACUCAAGGCAUAUUACUUUGGGGAGCUCCCAGUUUCCAGUGUUUCAGUUUCUGCCUUAGCUGAUAUGUACACUGAUGGAUUAUUUCUGUGGAAUGUGGAUGAAACAGUGAGACUCCACUCACUCAUUAAUUCUGAACCAAUCUACUACUAUGUUUUCUCAUAUAGAGGAACCAGAAGCUUUUGUGGUAACCCAGAAAAAGAUUCACUAGAUUUUGGUGCUUGUCAUGGUGAUGAGCUUCAAUAUAUAUUCUCAAUGGACAACAGAUACAGAAAUGAGAAUGACAGUAAAAUGGUGGAUAUAAUUACAAUCUGUGGACUGAUUUUGCUUCUUUUGGGAACCCGAAUGCUCAAAAGAGGUUCAGAGAUGAAUGGGAGAAUGUUGCAUCCCAUGAGGUUGAAUAUUUUAAUAUAAGUCUUGAACCACAUGCUGCAUUUGGACUGCUUCAUGAACGUGCACAGUUCUGGGCAUCCCUUCCUUUAAGAAGCCAGCAUACGCAUUCGUAUAAAUUCAGAGAUGAGUUGUAAUGUAACUGCCUUUGACAGCAUUGGAACAAAGUUAACAUUAGCACAUA